AUGAAUUUAUUAACUACUAAUGGUGUAAAGAUAUACAAUGUAUCAGCUGGUAAAUCAUUACCUGAAUGGUUAUCAGAAAAGAAAAGAGAUGAAUUGAGAAAGAAUAAAGAAUUUAGAUCUAGAGUAGAACUUAUUCAAGAUUUCAGUUUCGAAUCAUCAUCACAGAGAGUUAAACUUACACCCGAUGGACAAUACUUGAUAGCAGCGGGUAUCUACAAACCACAGAUUAAAAUCUUUGAAUUGAGUCAACUCUCAAACAAAGUAACAAGACAUAUAGAUUCACAUGUAGUACAGAUUGAAAUAUUAUCACAAGAUUACUCUAAACCAGUAUUUUUAAGAGCAGAUAGAUAUGUAGAAUUUCAUGCAAAGAAUGGAUGUUACUUUACAAUUGAAUUUGGAAGAGGGACGUUUCAUGCAACCGUUCCAAACAGACCUGACAGACAUUAA